CGACCCUUCUUCUCCCUUUCUUUUUCCUCUUCUUCUUCUUCCUCUGCAGCUUACCAUCCUCAUCUCCCCUUUGUCCCACGCUGGACCCACUGAGACGCGAUGACAAAGAAGCGCGAGGCCAGCCUCAUGCCUGACAGCACCGACCAUCGUUCGUCGUCGUCGUCGUCCCUGGACGAAGACCCGCUCCUCUCGCGAGGUGUUUCUGAUACCGUCCAGAUGGUGGCCUCCAUCAUCUUUCGGGUCGCGACCUUUAUCUUUCUGCGAUGGAUCCCGUCGAGACCCCUUGGGUGGCCUGUUAUACCCAUGGCCUACGCGCUCUACUCUGUGACAUGGCUUCUCCAUGAUUGGCGCGUCCGGUCGUACGUGUCCUCGCUCUUCAAAGAGUCACAGCUCCGGGCAGCCAAGCAAGAUCUCAAGCAGCUCGGCGAGCAAGUCAAGGUUGAGGCAAGCGGCCAGCACACCGAGACGGAAGAGGCAGUGGAGAACGAGGCAAAGCCAAACGGAGCCGUCGUUCCUCGCAACAUGACGCCGCGCGAGGCCGAGCUCGAGCUCAGGCCCCUGUCAGCCUGGGAGACGGUUCAGACGCUCGUCUUGGGCCAUUCGACACGAUCCAGGAGGGUCAAUUUGGCCUACUUUGCCGCCCAUGCGCUCCUCUUUCUCUUCUACCUCGACUUCUUCACCAGCCCGUACCUCUAUCCUUCGCACCUCGAGCACAACCUCUACUUUUCGCGCGUCGGGGCUAUCGGUCCGACGUCGGCCACGGUGCAUGUAAGGUACCCAUACCCUCUCGGGCCCCCAGAUGACUACAGCCAGGGCGGCAUCGUCGGCCUGCCAUUUGGAAAGGGCAACGAGAGAGCCGAGAGGGCAACGUGGGGUGCCCUCAUCGAGGAGGAAGCCACCGAUGGAUCCCUCGGCGGCUUUCUUCACGACGGUAACGAAGUCUUCAGGAAUCCCGAGCCGUUGCGUGUCGUCUACCGCGAAGUCAUCGACGUUGGUGCGCCCUCUCGCAGCCGUCGGCGAUCACCAUCAUCUGCAAGCGAUGAUGAGGCAGCGCUGCCCGGCAGCCCAGCCUCAAUCGACGGUCGGCCCCGUGCGGCGCAGAGACGAUGGGAGCGAGGUCCCUUGUUGCAUAUUACUGCCCAGUCGGACUGGACGGCGAGCGGAACAAUCGAGAAUCUCUGGCCGGCAACGCAGUACGAAUGGAGGCUCGCCUUUGUCCACAACUCGACAUUCGCGCCCGAGCCCGUUCGCGCCAGACGUUUCCUGACGUGGCCCGACCCACGCUUGGCGGCCGAGGCAAAGACGCGGGGUCAAGAGGCUGAUGGCAAAGCAUUCGACUUUGACUCGAUUCCCCAGGACGAUCCAAACCACUUCGUCUUCGGCACGAGCUCCUGCGUCAAGCCCGACUUUCCCUGGGCUCCCACGCAGUUCUGGGCCUGGUCUUGGCUCCUCCGUCUUACAGGCUUUGGCGACCAGACGGGUGGCUUCGCUACAAGGAACCGUGUCCAGGGAUUCGACAAGCUGGCCACCAACACCGUCAUCGGCAGAGAGUGGCCUGCGCUUCGCUUCUUCCUGCAGCUCGGCGACCUUAUCUACGCCGACGUACCACGCUGGGGUGGACCAACAACAGCAGCGUACCGCAAGAUGUACAGGAAUUUGUUUGCUUCAGACUCAUUCCGUCGCGUCUAUGAGAGGCUGCCCGUCAUUGGCAUCUACGACGACCACGAAGUGGUCAACAACUGGGGUGGCAAGGUCAUUGUCGAGGAGCCAAAGGAAGGCGUGGUCCUGUUCAAGGAGCGCGAGUCAUUUGAACCAGCAAACGUUGCCUGGAAGGAGUACGUGGGCAAGGCAAAUCCGACCUCGCUCGACGAUGAUGAAAGCUACUACACUUUCCGCUACGGGGAUGCAGCCUUUUUCGUGUGGGACACUAGAAAGCAUCGGAUCCCUGCUGAGCUGGACGACAUCGAGGGAAAGACGAUGCUCGGAUGGAAGCAACGCGACGCAUUCAUUCGCUGGCUCGGUGCAGUCAACUCCACUGCCACAUUCAAGUUUGUCGUUUCGUCGGUGCCAUUCACCACCCUCUGGGGCGGGCCGCUGGACAUUGACAGCAAGAGUGACAGCUGGGCCGCAUACCAGACGGAGCGCGAGGAGCUGCUGGCCGUGAUGCAGUUCGUACCCAACAUCAUUGUCCUCAGUGGAGACCGACACGAGUUUGCCGCCGUGGGCAUUGCCCCCCAGGGCACGCGCGAGCACUACCACCCCAUCACCGAGUUCUCUACCUCGCCCUUGAAUAUGUUCUACCUGCCCGUCCGCACCCUUUCGCAGGAUAACGGGCUCGGUCCAACGGGGGCCGAGCGGCUGUACAAGUAUGUUCCUGAUGGCAACGUCAAGUGGACCGAGCUUGAGGUGGACACGCGGGAUGCGGUCACGCCCUUUGUCAACGUCCGACUCAUGGUCGACGGCAAGGAGGUGUACAGGACCAAAGUGGUGGGCAAGGGCCUGAGGUCGCCCACGCUGGCCCUUGGCGGUCUCGCAAAGACAUUCUUUGAGCUCCUUAGGUGGAGACCGGCCCGUUGGUUCUAACGACGAGAUUCGAUAUAUACCAGACUGUUGCUGCUACCCCCCUUUUUGUCUGUAUCACCAUCAGAAACCUGUGCUUCUAUCGCCAUUGUCAUGAGCAAAGAGGGAAGGAAGAAAUCGCGAUGGGACA